AUGCCCCCCGACGGCAGCGAGUACAGCAACUCGCGCGUCUAUUGCACCCAGGGGAAGUACCAGCUCCCCGGCACGAAGAUUAAGACAUGCCAGCCGGAGCUCAGCCGCUGUUACGGCUGGCCAGCGGAGUGCGACGACCCUUUCUGCAGGAACGGCGGAGCUGACCGUGGCGACGGGCUGUACUGCCAUAGAGGGAUGAUCGUGAGCUGCACCGGCGACGAUGCCCCAGUCACCGAGAACGCUUGCUCAGAUGGCAGGACCACGCUGUCCCAGGAUUGUACGAGAGUCCAAGAGCGCCACUGCGUGCAGCGGGGUGACCAGUUCUUCUGUGCGGACGGGGACAGCCGCCUCGAAGGUGCUUGCAACGACUGGGACAACAACUUCACCCCCAGGAGGCGGAGGGGCUGGAACUACUACGACGACAACGACGCUCAGAGGAGGAGGGGAAGCUCUCCUAGGAGGAGGGGGAGCCCGAGCAAGUAUUACUACGGCGACUGA